GACUCCUCUAUUUGGUUACCGUAGCGCCCACUGUAAAACCUUGUAGCUUCUAGUAACAUGAAUCAUAGAUCGGGAUUAGUUGUCUAAGUGGAAUGCAUUUACAGUCUAUUAGGUAGUCUAGAUCUUAUUUACUAAGAACGAUAUGAUACGUUAUUUAGUUGGAAUGUGACUUGGAUUGUUCUUACGUUUAUCCUGUUUAAAAAGACUAUUCAUUUCACAUGGAUCACAUAGCUGGACAGGAAACGUGGAAUUUCAUGAAACAGUGCACAUCGAAAUGAUCGAGCUGUGUACUAAAAAACGAAUGUUAAUUGGCAUUACACUACUAGGAGGGUUAACCGUUUUAGUACUAAUCGUUGAGAGUCACUGGACAGACAGUCCUAACAAACUUUACCUGGACAAUUAUGAAAACAAUACAGUGUGUAUUUCUGAGGAAGAGUAUGAAAUAACUUCAGAAUGUCAUCCAUGUUCUGCUUUUGAGAUAGCAAGCAAAAGCAUUGACGUGUGCAUUCAUGCACGGUACAAGGAAGUAUUAAAAUGUAAAAGCGGUGAAAUUAUAACAAGAAGUUGUGACAGAGUAGCUUGGUUAGAAGAAAGGGCAUUUUGGAAGUUCGAGGCAUUCAUGUCUGUUUUGGCCAUAAGUUCCUGUAUCAGUGUCUAUUGGAGAGAAAAUAUUUUAAGGCAAAGGAUCAUUCGAAAAGUUGCUAGACAACUGAGAGCUAGCGUUUAG